AUGGCAUGUUCUAAUGGAGGUACAUGUACGACAAUAUCAGGUGGAGCUGGUUGGAUAUGUAGUUGUCCAUCAGGUUUUACAGGAGAUCGAUGUCAAAAUAUGAUAACACCAUGCGAUAGAAAUCCUUGCCUGAACUCAGGCAAGUGCUAUCCUGUUGGUAAUUCUUUUACUUGUGCAUGUCCUUUGGGCUAUUCAGGACAAACAUGUGAAACAAGUAUUCGACCAGCUACUUGUACCAUCAAUUGUUCACCAGGUUAUUGCUUUUCAAAUCCAAGUACUCAACCACCAUAUGCUUGUUAUUGUCCUGAUCAUACAAUUCAAUUAAAAUCAUGUACUACUUAA